UACCCGACGUCAAAUUGUCGUACUGUGCGUCAUUGUCGCGCUAGCCAAGUUAGCAUCAACGGCGACACACGCAAGUCUGGAACGACAUUUGCGACAACCGCGUAGUGUAUUAUCCUAUAUUAUGUAUUUAGUUAUCAUUUGCCGCGUGGUACGAAGCAGUUGCAUUGCCGUAUAUGUCGUACUAAAUGUUUGGAAAAGACAAGUGAAAGGGAAAAAGUUGCUCGGUAUGUGACAUAAUCACAACAAAGAAUGACGUAUUUCCUUUUAGUUGGACGAACCCGAGGCUCCAAAUCACUUUAGGGAGGUAAUUACUGCUUAUAUUAAUUAGAGGUGGUGUGCAUUUUGAGAAGGGUGUGGCAGGACUGAAGGACCACCAUGGUAACCCUGACCACGGAGCUCAUAGUCAAUUCGAGGAACUUCAAGAAAAAGAAAGGCCGCCUCUCCCUUCAGUACGACCUCAGGACCCUCACCCAUCUCCACUUCUCCGGGCAGAACAUUGAGGACAUCGGCGACCUCUCCGCAUGCCAAAACCUGACCGUCCUCUACCUGUACAACAACCGCGUCACGCAGAUCCACAACCUGGACUUCGCUUGUAACCUAACCCAUCUGUACCUGCAGAACAACAAUAUCACACACAUUGACAACCUGGCCCAUCUGCAGAAGCUCUCCAAACUCUUCCUGGGCGGUAACAGGAUCUCGCUUCUUGAGGGUUUGGAGAGCCUGGGGGAGCUCGAGGAACUGCACAUGGAGAGUCAGAGGCUGCCCCCCAGGGAAAAACUGCAUUUCGACCCCAGGACUCUACGCGCCCUGGCUAAAUCUCUGCGCGUCCUCAACAUCAGCAACAACAACAUCGACGAAAUAGCCGACCUCGCCGCGCUCUGGGAAAUUCGAUAUUUUUACGCCGCUGACAACAAGCUUCGCAACGUGGAGGAGCUCGAGAGCGUGUCGGGGUCCUGGCCUUGGCUCGUUCAAAUGGAUUUGCGCGGAAAUCCCGUGUGUAAAACGGCCAAGUACCGAGACCGACUGAUCACGGCGUGCAAGGCGCUCGAGGUGCUGGAUGGCCGUGACAUUCACGAGGUGACCAGAGAGUUUCUGGUGAAAUGGGAAGCGUCUAAAGAAGCCAAGAAGAAAAAGAAGGAGGCGCUGUUGAACCCUCCUUUAAUGAAUAACGCCAGCAAGGGUCAGGGUGCUUAUCCGCUUCGCGCCUGUUGCCUCGCUCGCGCACAAGGGUGGAAGCUGCUGCCGCCGCCGCCGCCACCGCCGCAGAAGCAGCAGCAGCAGCCUCGCAGGGUGCAGCUGUUAAAAAGCUCUCUGUACAGACGGCUCAACCGGAUGGCCGUCACGGCAGAUGCGAAUAAAAAAAUCACCAGAUAGAUUUGAUAGAUUUAACUUUUUUUUUUUGGGGUGAAACUCAACUGCUCUGAUUGCAUGAAUCAGAACAUUAAAUCUUGACUUGAAGCUG